AAGCUUAGACUCACAUAAGUCUUACCCACCAGCCGGCUAUUGUAAUAACUCAUCUAUUAUGAGCGCAAACAUCAGACAAAGACUAACAACAAAGAGAUACUAACACUAUAAAAUACACUCACUCACUACCAGCUAUAAACUAGUACAUCUAGUCUACAUUCAAAUCAUUAUAAGACUCACUGGAACAAUGAACCUUAUAGUGGUAACUGUUCUUAUACUCACUAUUCUCUCUACUAUUGUAUCUACUAAUGAAAAUACAAUCAAAGGAUCAUCAUCUGUGUCAACAAGCAAAGGAUACAUUAAUGAAACUAAUGUGAAGGAGGUUUAUCUACAAAUAUUACGUGGUAGAGAUGGUCGUGAUGGAGUACCAGGAAGAGAUGGAGUGAAAGGAGAGAGAGGAGAUAAGGGAGAGAAAGGAGAUAAAGGUGAAACUGGACCUGUAGGACAAUCUGGUCCUAAAGGUGGAGGAGUAGUGUACACUCGUUGGGGAAGGAAGUCCUGUCCUACUGGAACUGAACUACUGUAUGAGGGAAUAACUGGAGGCAGUUACUGGAAUCAUCCAGGAGGAGGAGCUAACUAUGUCUGUUUACCAAAGGUCCCUCAAUAUAUGAGUGCAAAUGAACCUAAUGAGUAUUCUGAAAUGUAUGGUACUGAAUAUGAAAUUGGUGAUAACUAUAUAUUUUCAGGAAAGCAUCAACACAAUGUUCCUUGUGCAGUAUGUUAUACAUCUACUAAGAGUGUUAAACUGAUGAUUCCUGCUAGAAUCAGCUGUCCUUCAUCAUGGACUAUAGAAUAUAAAAGAUAUCUGGUGGCUAGUUAUUAUAAUCACAAGAAUAAUAAUGCCUAUGAAUGUGUUGAUGAAUAUCCUGAAUCUAUUGAUGGUAGUGGUGCUAAUAAUAAUGGGGCUUCUUUCUAUUUCACACGUACAACCUGCACUGGUCUACCUUGUCCACCUUAUGUUAACAAUAAAGCUAUUACUUGUGUUGUGUGUACUAAGUAAUAAUUUGAACAGUGUGUGAUAAUAAAUUUUAUGCCUAUUUUAGUAACAAUAUAAUAAUGAUUAGUUCCAUUUUAUUGAGUGAAAAUACAACAAAAUUUAUGAAUAUUUCAAAAAAUGGUCAAGUUAAUACAAA